AUGGCCGCUGUUCGCUUCCUUCUCUUACCUCUCUCCCUCCUCCUCGCUCUCUCUCUCUCUCCUCUUUCCCUCUCCGUUUCAGAAAACGAAGCCCUCCUCAAGCUCAAACAAUCAUUCACAGAUUCACAGUCUCUAUCAUCUUGGGUUCCGAAUCAGAACCCUUGUUCUUCUAGGUGGGUUGGAGUCAUCUGUUUCAACAACGUUAUCACAAGCCUUCACCUCGCCGACUUGGGUCUCUCUGGCAACAUUGAUAUCGAAGCUCUCAUGGAGAUUCGAACCUUGAGAACUAUCAGCUUCGUUAAUAACUCCUUCUCUGGUCCAAUGCCAGAAUUCAACAAACUCGGUGCUCUCAAGGCUAUUUAUUUAUCAACGAAUCAAUUUUCAGGUCCUAUUCCUCCAGAUUUCUUCUCCCAUUUAGCCUCAUUGAAGAAACUAUGGAUCUCCGGCAACAAAUUCUCCGGUGAAAUACCCGUUUCCUUAACGAAACUUCGGUUCCUGAGCGAAUUGCACCUCGAGGGAAACGAGUUUUCAGGGCCUGUACCAGAACUGACACAAGAUAUUAAAUCACUGGGCAUGUCGAACAACAAGUUACAAGGAGAAAUACCAAGUAGCAUGUCGAGAUUCGGUGCCAACUCAUUCUCCGGCAAUGAAGGACUUUGCGGGAAGCCUCUGGAUAAGGAGUGUGAUGGAUCUUUGCAGUUGCCGCCAACCGGUGGUGGUGGUGGUGAUGGACAACAAGGAUCAAGUUGGUUCGCGCAGGUUGUUAUGGUCCUUGUUCUUGCGGCUAUUGUGGGUGCGUUAUUCAUGUUCCUAAAGUCAAGGCGUGAUGCACGUGACGAUGACUUCAGCGUCGCGAGCAGAGACACUAACGUGGAUCAGGUGGUGGAAGUGCACGUGCCGAGCUCCAAACAUAGCAGCAGGGCAGCUUCGGAAACAAGCAGAAAGGAAUCGAAAAAAGCAUCGUCGAGGAGCGGCAUGGGUGACCUUCUAAUGGUGAAUGACGAAAAGGGUGUGUUUGGUUUGCCAGAUUUAAUGAAGGCUGCUGCUGAGGUUUUGGGAAAUGGUGGGUUGGGUUCUGCUUACAAAGCCGCCAUGGCCAAUGGCUUAUCUGUUGUCGUCAAACGUAUGCGAGAAAUGAAUAAUGUAAGCAGAGACAUAUUUGAUGCUGAGAUGAGACGCUUUGGAAGACUCAGAAACCGCAACAUUAUCACCCCUCUGGCUUAUCAUUACCGCAGGGAGGAGAAGUUAUUUAUCACAGAAUACAUGCCCAAAGGAAGCUUGUUAUAUGUUUUGCAUGGUGACAGAGGAACAAGUCAUGCUGAAUUGAAUUGGCCUACCCGAUUGAAGAUUGUGAAGGGAAUUGCAAGAGGGUUGGGGUUUCUUUAUUCUGAAUUUUCAUCCGAAGAACUGCCACAUGGGAACCUUAAAUCGAGCAAUGUUCUACUAACUGAUAAUUAUGAGCCUCUCCUUAGCGACUUUGCCUUUCAUCAACUCAUCAACCCCAACUAUGCCAUACAAACCAUGUUUGCCUAUAAAACUCCUGAUUUUACAGCAUACCAACAAGUUUCGCAGAAGACUGAUGUUUAUUGCCUUGGAAUUAUCAUUCUUGAAAUCAUUACAGGGAAAUUUCCUUCUCAGUAUCACAGUAAUGGCAAGGGUGGGACUGAUGUAGUGCAAUGGGUAUUCCAAGCAAUUUCAGAGAGAAGAGAGGCAGAAUUGAUUGAUCCAGAGUUGACAAGCAAUAGCAAUGGAAAUUCAGUGAAUCAAAUGCUGCAACUUCUCCAAAUUGGGGCUGCUUGCACGGAGGGCAACCCUGAACAACGACUUAACAUGAAGGAAGCCAUUAGGAGGAUAGAGGAGGUACAGGUUUAAACAUUAUGUCAAUAUGCUAGCUUAGUAAGUACAACUUGCUUUUGUAGGUGAGAAUCGCAGGCCUAGGAAAUAUUACAUUCAUUCAGAAUCUUGGUGCAACAACACACACAAGGCAAAUGAGAAAUUAUACAGA